CUUGAGGUAAUAUACUGACUUCCCCGCAUUAUCCCGAUAAUCACACAAUGUCAGGCGGCGGAAAGAGAAGAGCAACCAACCAGAUUUCCAAGGAUACUUUCCACCGGGACGAAGAGCGUUCAGACGACGAGAACGUGGAUUUGUCUGCGCAACCCAAACGUGCUUCUGCCGAAACGCUAGCCAAGCGCAAGAUAAUCAAGCCAAGGGGCAGAUUGGGUGCGGCGGGUACCUCUAUGCCUAGCAGUGGUUUCAAUUUUGGUGCCAUCGGUGCUCCGUCGGCUGAUUCUUCGGCCACCACCCCAUUCUCCUUUGGGGUCAAGACGGAUACCGAGGCCAAGCCCACUAAUCCGUUUGGUGGUUUUAACAACAAGCCAAGCACGUCAUUUGCCAUCAGCUCCGCUGCCCAACAACUGGAAGCUGAUAAGCCAAAUAAUGCGUUUGGCUUCUUGGGUGGUAGUUCUGCGCCUGCGAGCUUGCCUUCCAAGCCAACAGCUGGCUCUGACAACAAGAAGAAUAGCCAAUUGAAGGCGUUGAACAGCCUGUUCGAGGCAUCAAUCACGAAGGCUUUCACCGCUAAUCCCAUCGCGGAUUUCAGUGCCAUAAUCGCUAAGUACCAGUUGUAUUUGGAAAAGAUCAACAACAACACUGUCACUCUUCCAGAACCGAAGCAAGCCAUCGGUUCUGUUGGUAGCAAUGCUGCCACUUUCGGCUCGUCCAUCACUUCUGGCGCAUCAGCCCCCACCGGAGCUAUCAUCGCAUCCAGACCAGAGGUGAUUGCUGUGGACCCCUCCGAUUCAGAGUCCGAAGAUGAACAGCCAAAAAAGGAAGUCAAGGUCGAGGGCCCGCAAUUCACCACCAGUGCCAAGCUCUCGUUUAAGGGCUCCAGCUUCACAUUCAACCCAGCCGAUAAGAGAAAGGAGGAUUCGGAUUCCGACUCUGAAGAUGAGAUCAAGAUUGAGGGGCCGAAGUUUGAGUUUGGGGGUGCUGUGAAGAAUAAUAGCUUCAAGUUUGACGGAAUGAAGACCAAUGGGUUUUCAUUUGCCUUACCUCCAUCAACCAUAGCUACGGAUGUUGCCCCAACCACCACAGAGGUUUCUGCUACUCCAGUUUUCACCUUUGGCCAGAAGGCAACCCCAACGGAGGAAAAGCCGGCUGAAACCCCAAAGAACAAGGUUGAGACCCCAGCCACGUCAACCACCUUCAACUUUGGGACUACUUCUACUGCCGCAGCCUCUGCGUUCACCUUCGGUAGCAAGUCGACGGAAGCCAAGCCUGCGGAAGCUAAACCAUUCGCCUUUGGCUCUUCCGUUCCAGCCUUUGGUGUCACCAAGACCGAUGAAGCUAAGACAGCUUUUGCUUUCGGGUCCGGUGAAAAGCCAACUUUUGAAACUCCUGCGAAGGAAGGCGAAACGAAGGCUGAGACUCCAAAGUUUACCUUCGGCAGCGCUUCUGCUGCGUCUUUCAGUACCACUCCUGCCUCAAAUGGCGCUUUCUCAUUCUCAUUCAAUCAGAGUAACACCAAGCCACUGGAAGCUGCGCCAGCUGCUGGUGAUGACGAAGUUGAAGAGUUCACCCCAAAGGGAGAUUUUAAGCCAGUGGUCCAGUUGACCGAAAAGGUUGCGACUGAGGAAACCACCGGCGAAGAGGAUGAAGAGUGUUUAUACACCAAACGCGCCAAGUUGAUGAUGAUUAAUCCGGAAACCAAGGCGUACGACUCCAGGGGUUUGGGCGAGUUGAAGGUUCUCCGCAACCCCGAAACCAAGAAAGCCAGAAUCUUGGUCAGGGCUGACGGCUCCAAUCGUGUCUUGUUGAAUACUAUGGUGGUUAGCUCCAUCAAGUACGACGCCAUGGGCAAGGGCCACGUCAAGUGUCCUGUGUUCACCCCGGGUGGCAUGGAUACCUAUGUAAUCAAGGUCAAGACUGACGACGACGCUAAGGCGUUGAUCGCCAAGUUGGACGAAGCUAAGGACGCUUGAUAGUGACAUGCCAUGUUACAGCUCGUUUAGAUUAUUGCAUUGUAUACUAUAUGUACUUUUACACCAAUUCUGUAUUGUCAUAAAGUCGGAG